UUGUCUCCCUUCGCUCUGCCUUAUGCAACCAGAUGAAAAACUCGUAUCGCGGCCACAGCAAGACCACUAUUAUCCAAUUCAAUAUCAAGCUCCUUUGUACCUGUGCUUUGGAUAAUUUAAAAAUAGUGGACUUUCACUUUUGAGUACGACCAUCGCGGCAAACACGGCGUCUCUCUCCCAUGCCACCCGCACCGGUUAAAUCAGAGCGAGAGGAAACGCCUAGGUAGCCGCCAGCAACGCACUCCAUCGUAUUCUUUCACAAUGCGUUACUCACUGGAUCGACUUUCUGACAAACCGAAACGUCAGAGUUCUCAUAGGAACCUAGUCUUCAGUCUUAUUGGAAUCGUUGGGGCGGGUGUGUUCUGUCUGGCGGUUUGAGUAUUUUCGCGGUACUGGUGGGCACUGAGCGGUCGUUGGUCUUCGUUUCAUCUCGGCCUUCCAGCAGAGUUGCGGUUGCUCGCGCAAAGACUGGUUUUUUAUUCGGGCUCGACCGUUGCUGGGGCAAAUCAACUUUUUUGGUGAAACUUUGUUACAAAACGUGCCCGUCGCGUGUGAAGUGCAUUUCCACAGGUUCCGAUAGUGAAAAGUUAUAAAAGGCCAGUGCACCUGUCGCAAUCAUGUCAGUCAAUUUGCGGACAGUCUAUGCGUUUGCUCGAGAAAUGUAUCCGAAACGGGUCAACAAAGAUAUCCAGUACGGAACGGCCGGCUUCCGUGGAAAAGCAGAAGACCUAGACUAUGUGAUGUAUCGGAUGGGUUUAUUGGCCACCCUAAGAUCACGUCAAACGAAUGGCCAAGUGAUUGGUGUCAUGAUCACUGCUUCACACAAUCCCGAACCUGAUAACGGAGUAAAACUAAUUGAUCCGAAGGGUGAAAUGCUUGAACCUCGCUGGGAAAAACUUGCAACUGAUCUGGUCAACGUUAGUGACUCUGAAUUGGAAGCACAUGUGACCAAACUCAUAGCGGAUGAAAACAUUUCAAUAACGCAAUCUUCGCACGUAUUUGUCGGCAUGGAUAAUAGAUAUCACAGUCCACGGUUACUGAAAGCUGUGGCAGAUGGCGUUAUCGCCUUGAAAGGAUGUGUUAAAGAGUUCGGAAUCCUUACUACGCCUAUGCUACACUAUUUAGUAGUUUGUGCAAAUACAAGAUGUGCCUACGGUAUGCCUACAGAAGAAGGAUACUACAAGAAAUUGAUAACAGCUUUUGAGGACUUACGAGGCGACACUCUUGAUAAUGGAAACUAUAAGAACCUGCUUCUGUUUGAUGGUGCCAAUGGAGUGGGAGCACGGAAAAUGUUGCAAUUUCUUAAAAGAAUGAAAAACUCACUAAAUGUUAAUGUGUUCAACAGCGGACAAGGGAAAAUCAAUCAUGAAUGCGGCGCAGAUUAUGUAAAAGUUCAGCAAUGUGCACCAUCUGGAAUGCCAAUAGCAGAACCAAAUACCCGCUGCGUAUCUGUGGAUGGUGAUGCGGACCGUGUUAUGUACUUUUUCACGGAUGAGAACGGCGUGUUUCAUCUAUUAGACGGAGAUCGAAUAGCAACACUCAUUGCCGGCUAUCUUAUGGAUAUGGUUAAAGAGUGCGGAAUUGAAUUGAAUCUAGGGCUUGUGCAAACCGCAUAUGCCAACGGCGCCUCGACAAACUAUAUUGUGAAUGAAUUACAAAUACCCGUCUCAUGUGUACCCACCGGUGUCAAGCAUUUGCAUCACAAGGCGCUCGAUUACGAUAUCGGUGUCUACUUUGAAGCAAAUGGUCACGGAACAAUUGUCUUUAGUGAAAAGGCCAAGCAAGAAAUCAAAGAUGUAGCAGAAAACAGUGAAAACAAUCAACAUAAAGCAAGCGCAUCACGAUUUCUCAAAAUUAUUGAUUUAAUUAACGAAACAGUUGGAGAUGCCAUAUCAGAUAUGCUUCUAGUCGAAACUAUUUUACAGGCCAAGGGCUGGGACCUGAAACAAUGGCUUGCAACAUACACGGAUCUUCCAAAUCUACAACUUAAGGUUAAAGUGCAAGAUAGAAAUGUUAUAACGACAACCGAUGCGGAGAGGGUCUGUGUCACCCCAAAUGGUUUACAGGAUGAAAUCAAUAAGGUGGUAGCGAACUAUAAGAAGGGAAGAUCUUUUGUGCGACCAUCUGGAACGGAGGAUGUUGUGCGAGUGUAUGCUGAAGCUGCAACCAAAGAUGAGGCGGACCGACUGGCCUAUGAAGUAGGAGUCUUAGUUCAUAAGAUGGCAGGCGGAGUAGGUCCGGAACCAGUGCAACCCGAGAAAAAAAUUAUUGCUCAUAUUUAAUUCAACUGUAAACAGAGAGAUGUUGUACUUGACUUAAUCAAAUCAUUAUUAGGAACAAAGUAAAAAGUGGCUUCACUACGUGUUUAAAAACUAUCUACGCAUGAAUUUCAUUACCAAUUAAAAUUAGAUUUUAUUAUCAAAACCAAGGAGAAUUUAAAAUAUGAAAUUUCGACACUUUUUUUUUUUCUAUUUUCUACUUAACUAUGUUUAUACUUAAUAAAAUGAGAUUAGCCAAACCCAAUAACUUAUUGAUUAUUGAAUAUUGAAUUUUAUAUCAAUCUAUUAGAGAACUGCUAUUUAAUGAUUGUUGAAUUUGCAUUCCACUGCCAAGUGUAGAAUUUUUGCAAAAUGGAAAAUUUAGAGAAGACAUUUUUGUAAUUAGCAGACGGAGAGUGAUCGUUUUAAAGUGUAACCAGAAAUGGAUUUGUAUUUAUGAUAUGUUUCCAUGGGAAAUGUGGAAAACAAUGAUGGACAGCAACAAAAAUAAAUUUAUAACAACAGAA